UAGGAAACCCAGUCCUACCACUCUUCUUCUUUAAUAAAAUAUCAGAGUUCAGAAGAGACAAACAAUUUGACAUAUACGUCGACAUCGUAGAAGUCAGGGGGGAGAGAGAUUUGCAGAUCUUGCACUGAAGGAGGAGAGGAGAGCUCCGGUGGCUCAUCUCGAGACUUCGUUCAAUUAGUUACUUUUUGGCGAGGCUGAUUCGUUGAAUGUUUGUUAAUGCUAAAGCGAAUGCUUUUACCACUGGAGAUUUCAGAACUGCUUUUGCUUGGAUUUUACUGCUUCGGUGUUUUGUGGGUGUGGACUGGAACUCAUUAUGUCAAUUCAAUUUCUUCCUGAAAAAAAUUUGAAGCAGUAGUGUUCUCAUUUGAAAUAUUGUCAUGGGUUGAUGAUACCCAAACAUUCUUGAACAAGUUUUUUGCCACUACAUUUGAUAUCUUGUUUAGCAUUUGCUAGUUAUCUGCCGCCUUUUAUAUAUACGAAUCAUUGGAGUAACUUUAGGAUGUGACUGGCAGUUUGUUGAGUUCGUACGGUACUUUUCGGAACAUUUGCUGGUUUCCUAUGGUUUCUUAUGAUUGAUGCCAGAGCUCUUCCUUUGCUGCUCGAACUUUUUGCUUGGUGGUUUCCUAUGGCUCAUCACGGUUAUUGACAACAUCAAGCAUAUGAUUGUUCCCUCAUCCCAUAUAAGUUCAACUGUUUCAAAUUCUCACGGUGUCUUUGCAUCAGCUAUGCCGAGUCCCUUUGAGUCUCCGAGUGCUGCUACUACUAGUUCCUUUAACCAGCCUCAACUUGGGUUCAAUGACGGUGAUGAAGCAGAAUUAUUCUCUGUAUCUUGGAACCAGGACUAUGCUUGCUUUGCGGCCGGCACAAACUGUGGUUUUCGUAUAUAUAACUGUGAGCCUUUCAAGGAAACUUUCAGGCGUGACCUAAAAAGUGAGGGAUUUAAGAUUGUUGAGAUGCUCUUCCGGUGCAAUAUUUUGGCACUUGUUGGUUGUAAAACUAAUUCACAUUACCCUCCAAAUAAAGUUAUUAUCUGGGAUGAUCAUCAAAGUCGCUGCAUUGGUGAAUUUACUUUUAGGUCUGAUGUUCGUGCUGUUAAAUUAAGACGAGAUCGCAUUGUUGUUGUUCUUGAGCACAAGAUAUAUGUUUACAGUUUUAUGGAUCUGAAGCUUCUUCAUCAGAUUGAGACUCUGGCAAAUCCUAGGGGACUGUGUUGCCUUUCUCACCAUUCAAACACUUCUGUGUUAACUUGCCCAGGUCUUUACCGGGGACAGGUUCGAAUUGAACACUUUGGCCUGAACGUGACAAGGUUAAUUAAUGCUCAUGACUCUCAUAUUGCUUGUCUUACAUUGACUUUGGAUGGCUUGCUUCUUGCAACUGCUAGUACAAGGGGGACUCUGAUAAGGAUUUUCAACACAAUGGAUGGAACUCGAUUACAAGAGGUAAGAAGAGGAGUAGACAGAGCAGAUAUUUUUAGCAUUUCUCUCGCUCCGAAUGUCCAGUGGUUGGCCGUGUCAAGUGAUAAAGGAACUGUUCACAUUUUCAGUCUCAGAGUCCGAGUAGUGGGGGAGGACUCGUCGUCCCAUACAAAUCCAGCUCAAGGUUCACAGCUUUCUAACCAAAAUUCUUCAACUUCUCUGGAUGCCUUUAUCUCACCAAGCACUGGUGCCAACCCUGGGUCGUCCUUCUCUUUUAUGAGAGGGGUUUUGCCAAAAUAUUUCAGUUCAGAGUGGUCAUUUGCUCAGUUUCACUUACCCGAAGACGUACAACACAUUGCAGCAUUUGGAUCUCAGAAUACUGUGAGUAUUAUUGGCAUGGAUGGAAGUUUCUAUAGGUGCAGUUUUGAUCCAGUUCAUGGAGGGGAAAUGUUGCAGCAGGAGUAUGUCCGCUUUCUGAAAACGGAGAGUCUGCAUAGAUAGGCCUGUUCUGUUCUUCUGUUAAGCUUACAUGUUUCUCUUCCCUUGUAUAUACUGAUCGUUAAUGUUCACCAGUGCAAGUAUUAUUAGGUCUCGAAUAAAGGAUCAACUUUGUAGUACAUAUCAUAAGAAACAUUGCUAUACAAAUAGCUUGCUAAUGUUAAUAAGCAGCGUAGCAGAAAUCUUGCUACAAUAUUAAAGCUGUAA